CACUCCGGUUCUACGGCCGGCCUCCUUUCCCCUCAACCCCAACCCCGCGACCCAACACCAACAAGAGGAGGGAUAUCAAUCCGCCCCAUGCCCACAUCCGUCGCCACCCACGCAUCCCUCCUCCUCAAAGCCGCAGCCGCCAAGCCCUUCUUCUCCCCCCGCGCGGCGGCCCGGAUCCCGCCGCCUCCUCCCCGCGCCCCCGCCGCCGGGCGCCUCCCGCCGGCCACGGCGACGACGGCCGCCGCCGCCGCCGGCGCCAGCCGCUGGUUCCGGUGGCAGUCGGCGCGGGGGCUGUGCGCCGCGCCGCAUUCCGGUGGUGGGGCCUGCGGCGAGGGGAUGGGAUCUGAUGCGGUGGUCGGCGCCGGGAGGAGGGCGGUGAACGGGCUGGCCAAGGAGGUGCCGGCGCUGAACGGGAUGUCCAAGGAGGACCCGCCGCCGCCCAGGCUGCUCACUCUGCCCACCGUGCUCACCAUUGGCCGCGUCGCCGCCGUGCCGCUCCUGAUUAGCACUUUCUACAUGGAUGGACCGUGGGCAGCUACGGCCACAACUGGCAUCUUCCUUGCUGCUGCAGUCACUGAUUGGCUAGAUGGUUAUCUUGCUAGAAAGAUGCGGCUAGGAACACCUUUUGGUGCAUUUCUUGAUCCUGUGGCUGACAAGCUUAUGGUAGCUGCAACAUUAGUUUUGCUAUGCACCAAACCUUUGGAAACAUCAAUACUCAGGGAUGGGCCAUGGCUUCUAACAGUUCCUUCCAUUGCUAUCAUCGGGAGAGAGAUUACAAUGUCAGCUGUGAGAGAGUGGGCUGCAUCUCAGAAUAGCAAAGUUCUUGAGGCUGUUGCAGUUAACAACUUAGGGAAGUGGAAGACGGCGACACAGAUGACAGCAUUGACUCUGCUUCUUGCCAGUAGAGACCCAAGUCUACCUGCGCAAGGUGCUCUAGUUACCCCUGGUGUUGCGCUGCUUUAUGUAUCCGCUGGACUUGCCAUAUGGUCCCUAGUGGUGUACAUGAGAAAGAUAUGGCGGAUACUCCUAAAAUAGUAUUAGCAUAUAGUGUAAUAGAAGAAAGAGAAGUAAGGCAAGGUUGCAUUCAGGAUGAUACAAUUUUUGGAAGGUUGUUGAGUUGAUUGAUGGCCUAGAGCUGGUUAUGAUCCUCAGUAGCUUGUGCAUCAUCUAUUUUUGGUGAAUUUGCCGCCAAAACUGUCAGGAUCCUAUUAGAUUCCUAGAAACAAAAAACAUAUGAUGUGACCUAGCAAGUUGCUGAAGUGAUUGCUUCUUUCAGCUAUUCAAAGUCAUCAUGGGCUCAUAGCUUGCGUGUCGGACGCCGGGUGUAAUGAGAUGCAAGUCUACGACCCAGGAGAUUGUAACCUUAUACAAACACAAAACCGGUGGGUUUAUGCGUGUGGAAUUCGACCAUUGUAAUUUACACAUAAUGUCAUAUGCCAGGAGCAUAAAAUUGUUCUU